AAAAGAAUUACCAACCAAACACUUGUUUGUGACAUCACGUGUAACCGUACACACAACAUCGACAGACGCUUCCAACUGUAACUCAUCCUCGCUUCCCGGUUCUACUGGAAUCUUCCAUUUCCAUUUCCACAAAUUAGGGGUUUUUCUAGGGUUUAACGAUUCAUCCCAAAAAUACCAAUUCACCAAUUCAAUCAAAAUCUUCAAAAUUUCCCAAAUGAUUCGUCCUACUGGCAUCACCCUCUUCACCCACCUUGCUCGUCGAUCACUCUUUCGCGCCAAAGAUUCCGUAUAUCAAGUAGUGUUUCAAAGGGGUUAUAGGACAUUCAAUUCAUCAUCUAGUGUUAUUGGUAGUAGUUAUACAAGAAAUGUUAGAGAUGGUGUUAAUUUGAAGAACUGGUUGCUAUUGGGAGCGGCUAAUUCAUAUUUUGGGGCUUCUAGAUCAAUUCAUGGCUCGGCAUCGUUGGCAAGGAGCUAUUACGAUGUUCUUGGUGUGAGUAAGGAUGCAAGCUCUUCAGAAAUAAAGAAAGCUUACUAUGGGCUUGCAAAGAAGCUCCAUCCAGAUGCAAAUAAAGAUGAUCCUGAGGCUGAAAAGAAGUUUCAAGAAGUUACAUUGGCAUAUGAGGUUUUGAAGGAUGGGGAAAAACGUCAACAGUAUGAUCAGGUUGGACAUGAUGCCUACGUAAACAACCAAAGCGGUGGUUUCGGAGGCAAUGGUGGCUUUAAUCCUUUCGAGCAGAUGUUCCGUGGUGGCCAUGAUAUUUUCAGCAGCUUUUUCCAUCAAAAAUUUGGCGGAGAGGAUGUCAAGACUGUGGUUGAACUAUCUUUCACGGAAGCUAUCCAAGGGUGCACCAAAACUUUGUCAUUUCAAACAGAUGUGCUUUGUAAUGCUUGUGGUGGGAGUGGUCUUCCUCCUGGUACAAAACCUGAAACUUGUAAGCGAUGCAAAGGGUCAGGAGUGAUGUUUGUACAAACUGGAAUAUUCAGAAUGGAAAGUACUUGUGCUACAUGCAAGGGAACUGGAAAAAUUGUAUCGAGUUUCUGCAAGUCUUGCCAAGGUGCCAAAGUUGUAAAAGGAACAAAGUCAGUCAAGUUGCAUACUUAUCCUGGGAUAGACAACAAUGAGACCCUAAAGGUGUAUGGAGGUGGUGGAGCAGAUCCUGAUGGAAGUCGUUCCGGUGAUCUAUAUGCUACUAUCAAGGUUAGGGAAGAUCCUGUUUUUCGCAGAGAAGGAUUGGAUGUUCACGUGGAUGCUGUUUUAAGUUUCACUCAGGCGAUUUUGGGGGCAACUAUUGAGGUCCCAUCUUUUACUGGAAGUGUAAUGCUUAAGGUUCACCCAGGCACCCAACCUGGUCAGAAGGUGGUUAUGAAAGGGAAAGGUAUAAUGAAAGGAAUAAAUACUUUCAAAUAUGGGGAUCAGUAUGUUCAUUUUAAUGUCAGCAUUCCGACAAACCUGACAGAAAGACAGCGUGAAUUGAUCGAAGAGUUUGCCAAGGAAGAGCAAGAGGAAUCAGAUAAACGGAAAGCUGCUUCGGCUUCUAGUUAAAAAUAUUUCCAGAGCCUCCACUUUUCAUUAUUUAUAAGUAUUUACCAAGUCAUGAUCAACAAGGUGGGAACCCACUUGCUGAUGAAGUUUUGUAGGUGCAUUAAUUAAGGGUUCACUGUUUUAGUUUGGCCCCUUCCACUUGAAGAGUAUCAUAAGUGAUGUUCACAAUUCAAAUUAUAAAAGUUAGAACUUAGAAAUCAACAUUCUCAUAUGCUUGUGCAUCUGUAGAAUUCCAGUUAAUGUUGUACAUAUUCUUUCUUAAUCAGAAGUUGUGCAAGUCUCACUCAAUUUCCCAAUUCUUUUUGUACUUUCAUUGCAACCUCAUCUGUGGCCUAUAGCUAAAACUAGGAGUCAAUGGUUUGUGUGUCGAAGACUGAGGAUUGCUACAAAUAAAUUCAUAAAUACAUAGGUGUACAAAUAAUAUACUAUAUUUUUUUUUCUUACUUGGUGA